GUAGUGUUGAAAACGCUCUGUGAGCGACUUGACACCUAUGAACCUCUGCAUAUUCAGUCGCCUCCUUCAAACCCGCGCCGAGCAUGCGUGGCGAUCAUCGUUCGAUGGCGGAGAAGAGAUGUCAAUCUUCCGACGGAUGCAUUAGCUACGACAGUCGACGAAUUCCUGGCCCAACCUUGGGUCAAGGACGACAAGGAUGGCGAAGCCGAAGUGUUAUUUAUGCAACGAGCUACUCGUGUGACAGAUCGAUGGUCGGGCCAUGUUGCUUUUCCUGGGGGGAAAAACGAAGCCGGAGAGACGGACAGCGACACGGCAGCUCGUGAAGUGCACGAGGAAAUUGGCUUGAAUUUGAAAUCAGAGGCGUUUAUCAAACUGGGGCACUUGGACGAUCGAGAGAUUAUCUCCACUUACAGCGCGGAGCUCAUGAUGGUGCUGGUGCCGGUGGUGUAUCUGCAAGUGACUCCGGACACGCCACCCAUGACAUUGCAACCGGACGAAGUGGCCUCGAUCCAAUGCAAGUAG